GUCGAAGGUUGGGUGAAAUUGUGAAUUAUUGCCUUUCUGUGAACGACUGACUGGGGUUUAUUAUGGUCUGACUUAAUCCAGUUUGUGAUUAACAUUUUUGGCUGGAGAGUGGAGGUGGGCUGGUCUCAGGGAAGGACGACGCAGGGUUGGAAAGGGUUAUAAAGGCAGGAGGGGGCAAUCAGGAAAACAAGACUAUCAGGACGGAAAACAAGGGUUCAGACGGUGCUGGAGCAUCGCCAAAGAUAUUCGGGAAACGUGCCACAGCCGGAGAGAGAGGGGGAGAGAAAGACGGAGAGGGAGAGAGAGAGAGGAAGAAAGAAAGAAGCAUAAAGGAUAGAGAAAGCCAUGCCUGGAGUGGUGGGACUUGGCAGGGUUAGCCCUCCUUUGUCUGCCUGGCUCGGGGCUGCAGCGCCAGAGGAAAUGAAGAAAAGUCCAGGCUUGGUUGUGGAGGUGGUGGCAGUGGUGGAAGACGGGGACAGGGUCUGUCUUGCUCUGAGACACAAUAACUUCCGAGGGACCGAGAACUCUUCUUCUUUGCUCCUGAGAGGGAUACGAUGAGGAAAAUCCUGAAACAGAAGAAGCCGUUUUCCUUUAGAAAGAAAUUCCGCGGAGAUGCUCUUGGAUUUUGAGAAACACAACGUGAACGGGAACCGCACCGUUCCACCUUUCCCACAGGGAACAGAGACGGCCAUCUUUGGUAUGGGAUGUUUCUGGGGGGUGGAGAGAAAGUUCUGGAAUCAAAAAGGAGUUUAUUCCACCCAUGUGGGCUACUCCGGGGGAUACACCCCAAACCCCACCUACAAGGAGGUGUGCACAGGUAAAACAGGUCACACGGAGGUGGUGAGAGUCGUCUUCCAUCCUGAGCAGAUCAGCUACGCACAACUUCUCAAAGUCUUCUGGGAAAACCACGACCCCACUCAAGGGAUGCGUCAGGGCAACGACAUCGGGACGACGUACCGCUCCGCCAUCUACACCCUGAGCCAGCAGCAGCUGGAGGAGGCGCUGGCCUCCAGAGAUGACUUCCAGAAGGUUCUGACGGGGGAGGGCUACGGUCCCAUCACCACGGAGAUCACGGAGGCCAAGCCUUUCUACUACGCAGAGGAUUACCACCAGCAGUACCUCCACAAGAACCCCGAUGGGUACUGUGGCCUGAAAGGCACGGGAGUCUCCUGUCCAAUGGGAUUGAAGAAGAGUGUGUAGUUCAGCACCAGCAGGCGAGGGACAGCUCCUCUGGUCAGUGGACUUCAGGGGUUGGACUGGGACACUGGUGCUGGAUCUGGUUCUGGGGUUUAUUUUUAAAGAUGCACAUUAUUUUUAUGUAACACUUCCCACUCUCUCUCUCUCUCUCUCUCUCUCUCUCUCAACAUUUUUAUAUUAGCUUUUGUUUUAAACCUGUGUUUGUGGUCAGGUGUGGAGUUUGAAGUGUUUUCCUGGGAAGUGUCUCCACCUUGUGGCGUAUAGCCAAACAGCAGCGUUGAUAAAAAUAGAGCUGUUAGCUGUUAACUGAUAGCAAAUAAAAUCAAAGUACUAAAAUAAUAGCCAGUCCUGAGGAGUUUAAAACUACCUGUGUCGAGUACUUGCAAGUAUUCACACCAACAGGGAGUGGGUUUUAUUUAUUUAAAGUUAUAUUCUGUGUGAUGUUGAUUUGAUUAAAUAUUUCAUCAGGUUUGUGAUGUUGGAACUCAGGGGAUUUAAUCAAAGGAUAUAAAAACAAUAAUGUGU